GCAGAGCCCGGGAGGCCCCCGGGGCCACGAUGUCGGGACCCGGACGGUGGGCGCCCCUGCUCCUCUGCCUGCUACAGGCAGCUCAAGGGAGACCCCAUCUAGCUCCUCCCCAAAAUGUGACCCUGUUCUCUGAGAAUUUCAGUGUGUACCUGAUGUGGCUCCCAGGGCUGGGCAACCCCCAGAACGUGACCUAUUUUGUGGCCUAUCAAAGCAUUUCCAACCGGAGACGAUGGCGAAGAGCGGGAAAGUGUUUGGGAACCACGGCACUGGUGUGUCCUCUGAUGUGCCUGAAGAAACAGGACCUGUACAUCAAGUUCAAGGGACGCGUGCAGGCAGCCUCUGGCAGUGCCAGGUCACCCUGGGCAGAGUCCCGGUACCUGGAUUACCUUUUUGAAGUGGAGCUGGGCCCGCCAGUCCUGGUGGUCACCCAGAGGGAGAAGAUCCUGAGUGUCAAUGCCACCUACCAGCUGCCGCCUUGCACACCCCCCCUGGAUCUGCAGUACGAAGUGAGAUUCUGGAAGGAGGGCACUAGACACAAGACCCUAUUUCCAGCCACUGCCCACGGCCAGCCCAUCCAGAUCCCACUCCAGCCUUCGGCCCACGGACACCACUGCCUCAGCGCCAGAACCAUCUACACCCUCAUCUCCCCCAAGUACAGCAGCUUCUCAGAACCCCACUGCCUCUCCCUGGGGGCCCCAGGGGCCAAAUGGACAGACCUGGUGCUGUACUCAUUCCCGCCACUGUUGUUGGUCGUUGUCAUAGUGGGUGUGACAUGGAACAACCUGAGGGACAACCCGUGGUUCCAUGGGGCAAAGACACCGAGGGCCCUGGACUUUUCGGGAUGCGGACACCCUGUGGCAGCCUUUCAGCCCAGUGGACCAGAGUCCUUGGAUGAGUUAUUCCCCUGUCCCCAAAAGAAACUGACCGGAAGGGCCAGGCUGGCCCCUCCGGUCAGGGCUCCAGUCACCCUACAGUCGGGAUCAGAGGACAGUGCUGAGGACAAGGAAGAGGAGGACACAGAUGACAGGGUCAGCGUCCAGCCCUACAUGGAGCAUCCCUCCUUCCUGAGGCAGGAGCUCCAGCCUCCAGGGUUGUCUGAAGCAGAUGAGUCUGGGGUGGACUCAGCAGGUCCCUGGACACCUGUGGGCCAGAGUGAAGGCUCCUCUGCCUGGGGUUCUUCAGACAAGAGCUGGCCCAGCACCAAGGACUCCUUGCUGUGGGACGAGGCAGAGUCUUCCAGCUACUUGGCCAAGAAGGGGCUGGGCCAAGGGCCAGAUGACGACAAUCAUCAGGAGCCACUCCCAUGCCCAGAAUCCUCUGAGGACUCAGGUACCCCAAGAGAGCCCCUGAAGGAUGACCUCUCCUCGUGGGCCAGCUGGAGAUCCUUGUCCCCAGGAUGGAGUCUGGUCACUAGGGAGCCCCUAGUUUCUCUUCAGACACUGACCUUCUGCUGGGACAGCAGGCCUGAGGAGGAGGAGGAGGAGGAGGAGGAGGAGGAGGAGCAGGGUGAGAGGGAAUCCAGAUCUAAGGACAGCAGCAGCUGCAGCUGGCAGGCCGAGAGCCCCCUGAGGACCGAGGUCAGGAAUGGGACGCUGGGAUCUUACAUGGCCAGGUGAGCGGCUGCAGCUGUCCUUGAGGAUCCAGAACACCACCUAAGCUCGAGAGCCAUGUUCCCCACUGAGGCUGCUGAAGGUUCCUGUGGCACUUCAGGAUCACCUAGACAACAUGAACCAAGUGAGGCCAGGUCAUUGUGGCCACUGCAGACUGACACCCAAGGGCCCGUCUAGAACUGGGGAGAGCUGGCCCCGUUAGAGGCACAUCUGAGUAUAUCGCUGUCUUUCCCAGCACCUGCCAAGCUCCUGCUCUCCCAAGCCUCAACCUUCUGACUGAGUGAUUGGGUCCCCUGGGGUGAGCAGUUGGCAGACGGAGUUGUGGGGAAGGGAAAGCGGAG